CGGGCUCACGCUCGGAGCGCGGCCCUAGCAACCGGCCGGCCCGAGCGCGCGCCGCGGAGGGGAGGGCGGUUGUUGCGCGGGCGCUGGCGCGGGCAGGGGCGCGGGUUGGGGACAUGGCAUCCAGCUAUCACAUGACUUUAGACCAGUGGAAGAAAAAAGCAGCAAAAGUUGAAUUGAAUGACACCCAAAAGCAAGAAAUUAAAGAGGCCUUUGACUUAUUCGAUGUUGAUGGGUCUGGAACCAUAGAUGUGAAAGAACUGAAGAUUGCAAUGCGGGCCUUAGGAUUUGAGCCAAAGAAAGAAGAAGUUAAACAAAUGAUAGCCGAAAUCGACCAGGAAGGGACUGGCACCAUUAAUUUUGAAGAUUUUUUUGCCAUUAUGAGCGUAAAAAUGAGUGAAAAAGAUGAGAAAGAAGAAAUCCUCAAGGCUUUCAAAUUAUUUGAUGACGAUGCUACUGGAAGCAUAUCACUAAAUAACAUCAAGAGGGUUGCCCAGGAACUAGGGGAAAACCUGACAGAAGAUGAAUUACAGGAAAUGCUUGAUGAAGCUGACCGUGAUGGGGAUGGAGAGAUAAAUGAGGAAGAAUUUUUGAGAAUGAUGAAGAAGACCAGUCUUUACUAGCUCUGUUUUGUGCCUUCUUGGAAGUUUUGACAGCUUGCCUGUUAAGCAGUUAAAAAAUGUAACACUUUGGCAUAUUCAUUUCCAAUUUUAGUUUACAUGCUCAGGUCGGUUCCUGGUGUCUAAUCCUUGCAAGAAGUUAUGUGUCUCUGCCAGUGUCAUUAAAUCUGUAGUAGCAAGAAACAAAAGAAGCAUGACUUAUUUGUAUGAUGAACCCAUAAACAGUGUUUUCAUAGCUAUUUUUAAAGCUCUAGGUUCAGAGACAUUUAAAAUUUAUUUUUCAGUUUAAUAAACUUGGCCCCCAGAUCCAGAUGAUAUUGUUUUUUUAAAAAAAUCUGAAAACAGUCAGUAUUUUUCCAUCAUUUCCUUUUGUAUGACUUUUUAAAA